CGCAGCCAGGGCUGGCGAGGCUGCUCCAUCGAGAGGCGGCGGCAGCAGCAGCAGCAGCAUCCUGCUGGCACGCCCGGGCUCUAUCCCGGCGCCACCUGUGAUGCUGGCGGAGGAGCAGCGGAGGGAGGACGGCGAUGCGCGCAGCGGGCGCGCCUUGAGCCGAAGGAGACGCCGGGCGCCCGUGGCAGGAGGCGGUGGCGGAGAGAAGUGAGCCGCGGUUUGGGGGCCGAAGGCCUUUGUAUGAAGACCGAGUUCUCAAAUAGAUACCCAACAAGGGGUGUGGUGUGCAUGUCGGAGUAAUAAAACCAGGUUGAUUUUUACAGGCAGACACUGCCUCCUGCUGAAACCACCAUGAGCAGCACACUUUCCCCUACAGAUUACGACAGCUUGGAAAUCCAGCAACAGUAUAAUGAUAUCAAUAACCGCUGGGAGGUGGCCGACGAGGACUGGGACAACGAAAACAGCUCAGCCCGGCUUUUUGAGCGCUCCCGUAUCAAGGCUUUGGCAGAUGAACGAGAAGCGGUACAGAAGAAGACGUUCACCAAAUGGGUCAACUCUCACCUGGCCCGGGUCACCUGCCGCAUCAGCGAUCUGUACAGCGACCUGCGAGAUGGACGCAUGUUGCUGCGUCUUCUGGAAGUGCUCUCAGGGGAACAACUGCCCAAGCCGACCAAGGGCCGAAUGCGGAUACACUGUCUGGAGAAUGUGGACAAAGCCCUCCAGUUUUUAAAGGAACAGCGAGUCCACCUGGAAAACAUGGGCUCCCACGAUAUUGUGGAUGGCAACCACCGACUCACGCUGGGCCUCAUCUGGACAAUUAUCCUCCGUUUCCAGAUCCAAGAUAUCAGUGUGGAGACAGAGGAUAACAAGGAGAAAAAGUCAGCAAAAGAUGCCCUCCUGCUUUGGUGUCAGAUGAAAACAGCUGGGUACCCAAAUGUGAAUGUCCACAACUUCACCACAAGCUGGAGAGAUGGCCUGGCUUUCAACGCAAUUGUCCACAAACACAGGCCAGAUCUGAUAGACAUUGAUACCUUGAAGAAAUGUAAUGCACAUUACAAUCUCCAGAAUGCCUUCAAUGUGGCUGAAAAGGAGCUGGGCCUUACCAAACUUUUGGAUCCUGAAGACGUGAAUGUAGACCAACCUGAUGAGAAAUCCAUCAUCACUUAUGUGGCCACCUACUACCACUAUUUCUCUAAGAUGAAGGCCUUGGCUGUGGAAGGGAAGCGGAUUGGAAAGGUACUGGACUAUGCCAUUGAAGCUGACAAGCUGAUAGAGAAGUACGAGAUCCUGGCGUCCGAUCUUCUGCAGUGGAUUGAGCAGACCAUCUUGACCUUGAAUGACCGGAAGCUGGCUAACUGCCUGAGUGGGGUGCAGAACCAGUUGCAGGCUUUUAAUACCUAUCGCACCGUGGAGAAGCCACCCAAAUUCACGGAGAAGGGGAAUCUCGAAGUUCUGCUCUUCACCAUCCAGAGUAAAAUGAGAGCUAACAAUCAGAAAGUUUACACACCGCGGGAAGGCAGGCUUAUUUCUGACAUCAACAAGGGUUGGGAGCGUCUGGAAAAGGCAGAACACGAGCGGGAGCUGGCGUUGCGCAAUGAGCUGAUUCGGCAAGAGAAACUGGAACAACUGACAGCUCGCUUCGACCGCAAAGCAGCCAUGCGUGAAACUUGGCUGAGUGAAAACCAGCGCCUCGUCUCUCAGGAUAACUUUGGCUCGGAUAUUUCAGCAGUGGAGGCUGCCGUACGCAAACACGAAGCGAUCGAGACAGACAUUGUGGCUUACAACGAGCGUGUGACCGCUGUGACUGCCGUGGCUGAUGAGUUGGAGGCAGAGGGCUACCAUGACAUCAAGCGGGUGCUGGCCCGCAAGAAUAACGUGGUGCGGCUCUGGGACUACCUCCGCGAACUGGUGGCCGUGCGCCGCGAGCGCCUCUUGCUUCACUUUGAGCUGCAGAAGAUGCUUCAGGACUUGACCUACCUCAUGGAUUGGUUGGAAGAAAUGAAGGUUCGCCUCCAAUCUCAGGACUUUGGGAAACAUUUGCAUGGUGUGGAGGACCUCCUUCAGAUCCACGCUCUGGUGGAAGCUGACAUUGCUGCCCAGGCCGAACGGGUAAAAGCCAUCUGUGCUGCGGCUCAGCGUUUUGCUACUCCGGGAGAAGGAUACAAACCCUGUGAUCCCCACCUGGUCCAAGAGCGAGUGGCAACGCUAAACCGGUGCUAUCAGGAGCUGGUGGCCUUGGCCGCCCAACGCCGCGCCAAGCUGGAGGAGUCGCGCCGCCUCUGGAAGUUCUUCUGGGACAUGGGGGAGGAAGAGGCCUGGAUCCGCGAACAGAGCCAGAUCCUCUCCUCGGAUGACUUCGGCAAGGACUUGACCAGCGUGCUGCGCCUUACCAGCAAGCACAACGCUUUCCGCGACGAGAUGACGGGCCGGGCCGGGCCGUUGCAACAGAGCAUUGCCGCGGGCCGCCAGCUGGUGGCCGAGGGCCACUUUGGCGCUACCGAGGUGGCCGAGCGCAUUCAGGAAAUUGAAGAGCAGUGGGAACAGCUGGAGACCCUGUCAAGCGAGCGGGAGCGGCGUCUUCUCCAAGGCUCCAACCUUUAUCAGUUCCAGGCUGAUGCCAACGACAUGGAGGCCUGGUUGCUGGACACUCUCCGCUUGGUCUCCAGCUCUGACAUGGGCCACGACGAAUACUCCACCCAGAGCCUGGUCAAGAAGCACAAAGACGUGGAGGAAGAGAUUCACAACCAUCGGCCGGCCCUGGAUGCCCUCCACGAGCAGGCCCGCAGCUUGCCCCCCAACUUUGCCCAUUCCCCGGAAGUGGACGGGCGCUUGCCCGCCCUGGAGCAGCGCUACGAAGAACUGGUGGAUCUGGCCGAGCAUCGCAAGCAGGCCCUGCAGGACGCGCUUAACCUUUACAAGAUGUUCAGCGAGGCCGACGCUUGCAGCCUUUGGAUCAGCGAGAGGGAGUACUGGAUCGAAACGAUGGACGUGCCGGAGAGGUUGGAGGAUCUGGAAGUGGUGCAGCAAAGGUUUGAGACCCUGGAGCCAGAAAUGAACAACCUGGCCUCUCGGAUCGCGGCCGUGAACGAGAUUGCAAGCCAGCUUUUGGGCGCCGAUCACAGGAACAAGGAGAGCAUUCAAGCCACUCAGGAACAGCUCAACAGCCGGUGGCAGCAGUUCCAGGCCUUGGCAAGCCAAAAGAAGGAGGCUUUGACCUCGGCCCUCAGCAUCCAGAACUACUUCUUGGAGUGCAACGAAACCAAGGCCUGGAUGCGGGAGAAAACCAAGGUGAUCGAAUCGACCCAAGAUCUGGGCAACGACCUGGCAGGGGUGAUGGCUCUGCAGCGCAAGCUGGCCGGCAUGGAGCGGGAUCUGGAGGCCAUCCAGGGCAAAGUCACGGACUUGCACGACGAGGCGGACCGCUUGGCGGCCCAGCACCCGGAGCAAGCCGCCGCCAUCUCCAGCCGGCUGGCCGAAAUCGACGGGACUUGGGACGAGCUGCGAGGAACCAUGCGGCGUCGCGAGGAAUCCCUGGGAGAGGCCAGCAAGCUUCAGGGUUUCCUGCGCGACCUGGACGACUUCCAGGCGUGGCUCUUGCGAACCCAGACCGCCAUUGCCUCGGAGGACGUGCCGGCCACCCUGCCGGAGGCGGAGCAGCGGCUGAGCCAACACGAGAGCAUCCGAAACGAGGUGGACCAUUACAAGGGCGACUACCAGCGCUUGCGGACCAUGGGGGAAGAAGUGACGCAAGGCCACACCGACGCCCAGCACAUGUUCCUUCAGCAGCGCCUUCAGGCCCUGGAUACGGGCUGGAAUGAACUCGGGCAGAUGUGGGAGAACCGGCACCAGCUGCUUUCGCGGGCUUACGGCUUCCAGAUCUUCCUGAGGGACACCAAGCAAGUGGAAGGAGUGCUCAGCAACCAGGAAUAUGUAUUGACUCACACCAGCAUGCCCAGCUCUCUCCAGGCUGCCGAGGCUGCCAUUAAGAAACACGAAGAUUUCAUGACCACCAUGGAAGCCAACGGCGAGAAGAUCAAAGGCCUGGUUGACUCUGGGCGGAAACUCAUUCUGGAAGACAGUCUGCACUCCGAUAAGAUCCAGGAGAAGGUCAAUUCUAUUGACAGUCGACACAGGAAAAAUCAAGAAGCAGCUCAAGAUCUCCUGGCCCGGCUUCGGGACAAUAGAGUGCUUCAACAUUUCCUGCAAGAUUGUCAGGAGCUCACCCUGUGGAUCAAUGAGAAGAUGCUGUCAGCUCAGGACAUGUCCUACGACGAAGCCCGGAACCUCCACACCAAGUGGCAGAAGCACCAGGCUUUCAUGGCGGAGUUGGCCUCCAACAAGGGCUGGCUUGAAAAGAUCCAGAAGGAAGGGGAGCAGCUGGUGUCAGAGAAGCCCGAACUGGAGCCCGUGGUGAGAGCCAAGCUGGAUGACCUUCAGAAGCUCUGGGAAGAAUUGGAAUCCAGCACCCAGAGCAAAGCUCGGUGCCUCUUUGAUGCCAACCGGGCUGAGCUCUUCACCCAGAGCUGUUCGGCCCUGGAGGCAUGGCUCAGCGGCCUGCAGGCUCAACUACACUCUGACGACUAUGGCAAGGACCUGACCAGUGUCAACAUUUUGCUCAAGAAACAGCAGUUGCUGGAGAACCAGAUGGACGUGCGGGAGAAAGAGGUGGAAGGGCUGAAGGCUCAGGCCUUGGCCCUCAGCCAGGAGGAUUCCAACACGGUGGAAGUGGAUGGGAAAUUGCGGACGGUGGAGGGAAAAUUUACGGAGCUGAGGGCGCCGCUGCGGGACCGCUGCAAGAAGCUGUUGGCCUCCAAAGAGGAGCACCAGUUCAACCGUGACCUGGAGGAUGAAAUUCUAUGGGUGAAGGAAAGGAUGCCGAUGGCCGUUUCCACUGAUCAUGGCAAAGAUCUGCCGACCGUCCAGCUGCUGAUUAAGAAGAAUCAGACUCUGCAGAAGGAGAUCCAAGGUCACCAGCCGCGCAUCAACGACAUCCUGGGCAGGUGGCAGGGCCUGGCCUGCAGCGGCCUGGAGAAGGAGCUUCAGGGCCGGGUCGAGACCCUCGAGGAGAUGUGGCGGGAGCUGCAAGACCAGGUAGCCCAGCGGCGCGGACGGCUGGAGAAAGCCCAAAUGGCCCAGCAGUUCUACUUUGACGCCGCCGAAGCCGAGGCCUGGAUGGGUGAACAGGAGUUGCACAUGAUCUCGGAGGAGAAGGCAAAAGAUGAGCUGAUUGCUCAAGCCAUGGUCAAGAAACACUUGGGAAUGGAGCAAGCUCUGGAAGAUUAUGCCCAGACCAUCCAUCAACUCUCCGUGCAGAGCCGGGACAUGGUGAAUAAUGGCCACCCUGAAAGUGAGCGGAUCAAUCUUCGGCAAGGCCAAGUGGACAAGCUCUAUGCCAGCCUGAAGGACCUUGCUGAGGAGCGUCGGGCCAAGCUGCAGGAACAUCUCCGUCUCUGCCAGCUGAAGCGGGACGUGGAUGACUUGGAGCAAUGGAUCUCCGAACGGGAAGUGGUGGCCGCCUCCCACGAGCUUGGCCAGGAUUACGAACAUGUUACGAUGCUGCGGGACAAGUUCCGGGAAUUCUCACGCGACACCAGCACCAUUGGCCAGGAGAGAGUGGACGGGGUCAACCGGCUGGCGGACGAGAUGAUCUCCACGGGCCAUUCCGAGAACGCCACCAUUGCGGAGUGGAAGGACAGCUUGAAUGAGGCCUGGGCAGAUCUCCUGGAACUCAUUGACACGAGAAGCCAGAUGCUGGCAGCUUCCUAUGAGUUACACCGCUUCUACCAUGAUGCCCGGGAGACUCUCAGCCAGGUCCAGAACAAACAGAAGCAGCUCCCGGAUGAAGCAGGGCGGGAUCUCAACACAGCUGAAGCCAUGCAGCGGAUGCACACGGCCUGCGAACACGACAUUCAGGCGCUGAGUGCUCAGGUAAAACAGGUGCAGGACGACGCAGCACGGUUGCAGAAAGCCUAUGCCGGGGAAAAGGCUGACGACAUUCGGAAGCACGAGCAGUCGGUGAGCGAGGCCUGGUCUGACCUCCUUAGCAGCAGCAGCGACCGUCGCCAACUCCUCGUGGACACCGUGGACAAAUUCCGCUUUUUCGGCAUGGUGCGGGACCUUCUGCUGUGGAUGGAUGACAUCAACCUUCAGAUAGAGGCGCAGGAAAAGCCCAGGGAUGUGUCAGCUGCCGACCUGGUCAUCAAGAAUCACCAAGGGAUCAAGGCCGAGAUGGAGGCCCGGACCGACAGCUUCAACGCAUGCAUAGCGAUGGGGGACGACUUGCUGGCUAAGGGGCACUAUGCUUCUGCAAAGAUUGUGGAGAAAUUAUCUCAGCUGCAGGAACGACGCAAGGAGAUCAACGAUAAAUGGCGAGAGAAAAUGGACUGGUUGCAAAUAGUUAUGGAAGUGCUGAUGUUUGGGCGGGAUGCCAGCAUGGCUGAAGCUUGGCUCGCCAGCCAGGAGCCAAUCGUGCGCUCCGCUGAACUGGGUGACAAUGUGGACGAAGUUGAAAACCUGAUCAAGCGACAUGAGGGCUUUCAAAAAUCGGUAGCCGCCUGGGAGGAACGUUUCCUGGCGCUGGAGAAGCUCACCACGCUGGAAGAGAAUGAACAUCGGCGGCAUGAGCAGGAAGAAACGAGGCAGAGGACGUCCCCAACGCCGACCCCAUUGGAACCCACCGUCAUGAUACCGCAGACACAGACUAUAGACGGGCAUCAUCAACCCAGCAGCACGCAGACCAAUGGGAGCCCUGGAGAGCAAGGCUCAGCUCUGGAGCUGCCAUCCCAAAAUGGACUCGGCCCUGAUUCUGAAUCUCCCCAGAUUUCAGAAUCGCCAGCUACAGUCAAUGGGUCACAGCUGGAUUCUGUAUCCAAGAGCAAAGAGCCCAGCCCACCCGCCUCACCUAAGCUCAGCUCCAAGCCAGCUGUUCUCAGCAUGGAUCCCGCUCAGUCGGUCACGCUUCCCCCACGAAUGCCAGACGACUCCGCCUCGGAGCAGAUGGGAGGAAUAUUAUAUCGGAAGCAGGAAAUGGAAUCCCAUGGCAGAAAGGCAGCUAACAGGUCUUGGCAGACCAUCUAUUGCGUGGUGCAGAAAAACAGCUUUGGGUUCUACAAAGACAGCAAACAUGCCAGCAACCACAUCCCCUACCACGGGGAAACGCCCGUCAGCUUGCAGGGUGCGCAGUGCAACGUGGCUCUGGACUACAAGAAACGCAAGCACGUCUUUAAACUCGGAUUAACAGACGGCAAAGAAUAUUUAUUCCAGGCGAAGGAUGAGGCAGAGAUGAGUACUUGGAUGCGAGUGAUCAAUGCCGCUGCUGCUGCUGCGUCGGCCCUCACCCCCCAAGACCCUGCGGAAGACCAGCCUGCGCUCAUCAGCAAAGGCAUGACGCGGGCCAUGACGAUGCCAGCCGGACCCCCGCACAGCGCCUCGGAAGGGACCGUCACCCUGCGUAGCAAAGAGGCGAAGGAGAAGGACCGCGAGAAACGUUUCAGUUUUUUCAAGAAGAAUAAAUAGGAGUCCUCGGUGGGAGAAGGGCAGGGGAGGGGGCUCUGCUGCCAUUGGCAAAACCUGUACAGGCCUGAGCAACGAUCUGGGGCGCGGCCAGGGGCUUGAGUUUGGCAAGGGGAGCCGGUUUGGGGAGGGGGCAUAACCAAAACGGCCGUCGCUCUUUACUUAAAUCCUGCAGAUUGCAUGAAGCAUCUCUGACGUUUUACCGGGAAAGACUUCCGUUCCGCUCUCUCCCCCCCCCUUUCCCCAUCACAAAGAAAAACCAACACAAAACAGGCCACAUCGUCUCAGUCGAAACAGGAGGGUGACACAGUGGCAAAGACGGUUGUGGCGGCGCCAAGUUGUGGGGGAAAGGCCUCCCCAAGAGUGGGGCAGCAGAUUGUCAGAUGCUGGACAUCUGGGGGGGGGAGGGAAGGGCAGGUCUGUGUGUCUGGGUGAACAGGCCACGGAAAGAGGUGGGCACGGGGCUGAUCCCAGACCGGUGUUUUUAACGACGCUGACAUUUUGUGGGUUCUGGUAGCAGUGACGCCACUGGAAGUCCCCCCAGGUACAAAAAUCGGGCUUCUGAAGUUGAUUCUACCUUUGCUGAAUUUCUUCCUCCUCCUCCUCCAUCAUCUGUGCUCCAAGGCUGUUAGAUUCCUUCCUCCCCCCCCCCUUGCAGGCAAAAUCCCAUUGGAAAAAGGUUGCCAGCCUACGUGCCACUUUGGCCCCGUGCCGUGUGCAAGGCCAAGAGAGGCGCCUUCUAAAAAAGCCCCCUUUAAAAGCCCUGCUCAAUUGUGGCCCACGCCUAUAUACACACACACACACACCCUUCUAAAAAAUCGAACUGAGGAUGCACAACGCAGUGCUGUUCGGCCCCGGAGCGUACACUGCUUGUGUGUAUAGUUAAGGAGUGCGCCUCCUUCUCCGGGAAACGAAGCCGGUCAGAGGACGCUGAGCUUGCAGUGCGCCUGGUGCUCUUCACGUGCAUUCCUACUGCUUCCGCAUCCUGGAGGCAGCAGAGUCUGGAGGCGGGAGGGCAAAAACAUUGGGGAAGGUGGCUAUGGGAGGCCCCCCCCCAGGACGAUACAUUCUGCAGCUGAGUCUUCGGACCUGGCUACCCCGCCCUCCAAACUUGCCUCACAGUGCCUAAAAGCUCGGAUCUCUUGGGCGCUCCAGAAGAUGGCGGGGGAUCUUCAGUUAAGAUCCCUGAUGCUCGCCAGAACUCCGAGCUAGAUCCCGCUCCUUCGGGCUCAGCCCCCAGGGACCAGCAAUCAGUGCCAGCCCCCUCUGCUUUAAAAAUCCCCUCCCCGUCCACACCACACGUGGCAGCGCUGUUAUAACCGAUCGGUUCUGGUUUGGGGGAUUCUUUUGGCAAACAUUCCCCGACUAGCACCAGUUUACUCUGGCAGAGAAAUCGGGAGGGCAGCUGUGGUGGAUCCCCCAAGCUUGGGAAGGCUAGUUUCCUAGCCCCCUCCCUCCCUCCCCUAGUGUCUAUUCUAUGCAAAAUUCAUCAUCCCACAUCUGUUUUUACUCCUUUUGUCAAGUCUCGGAGGGCACCCGAGUCCUCGGGGUUAGAACUAAACCACUCCCGCCAAUAAGGAAGAUUGCCAGGUGGUGGACUUUCCUUCUUCUCAGGCAGCCUUGCUAGCAGUGUUGCUCUACCAGUCGGUCGCCCGAGAGAUUUUAAGGUUGAUCUUUGCCUCCUGGGGCUACAUGCCACAGAUCUCCCCCUGCCCCGUGAGCCCACGCUCUGCAAAUCCUCACGAGUGGCAGAAGAGAACAGCUUGCAGGGCUUAGCUUAGAAAACAGAAAGGGGGAAUUUUUCCCUAGAACUGCUGUUAUCGCCUGCUCCACAGCUCUCUGAAAUUCUCAUUAAUCCGCCGGCAAGCACCCAAGUUGGCACAUUGGGUUGGCUGGACUCCUCUCGCCGUUGCUUGCCAGGCUGUUGUCAGCCAGAGCAGGACGACCACCACCCCUGCCCACCGGUCUCUUCCUCUCUCCCUGCCCUUGGUCCCUAACCUGGGUGUGCCUUCCAUUUGUCCUCGGACGUCGCCCUGCAUUGCCACCUCGCCUCUGCAGAAAGCAUCGUCUCUCUUCCCUUCAGGCACAAAGGACGCCAAAGCAGCCUUGGCGCACGGAUGGGGUUGCAGAAAGACCCAGAGGGAUGGCCGGCCUGCCUUCCGAUGCGCAGGGAUGUUAGUUUUUUUCUUUUCUUUUUUUUCAUGCUGCUUAGGGGGGGGGGGAGAGGCCUGGUCUACAAGUGAGACACCCUUGCCUUCUCGGCACGCCCCUCGUGGGCCCCCAGCAGUGUUCUCUGUGGUUGUUGGGGACUAAUUAUCCAUGUGUUUGCAGUGACAUCUGUUCCGAUAUUUUUUUUGGAGAAAUAAAAAGAAUGUGUGGA